AUGAACCUGAACGUCUGGAACAUCAAGGAGAUGCUGAGCACGCCGACAGCCACCGGGCCGAAUAAGUUUUCCAUCCGGAGCAGCGCUCCCAGUGACUACUCGAGCCUGAGUGACUCUCAGCUGCUCUUUGGCUCCCAGUUCUGCCCAGAGAACGUGCAGUCGGCAGCAGCUCUGCUGGAGCUGGGCACGCAGCAGGGACAGCACAACUCCCAGGACAGCGAGCCCAGCAUUUUCACCAAAUACCAGACAAAACCACAGCUAUUUGAUGAAGAGACAAAAGAAAAAGCUUCGUUUCAUUUUGGUGCUGGAAGAGUGAAAAAUAUCUUGGAAAAUUUUGAAGUGAAUAAGAACAAAAUAAAGGACAAAUACGAUCGUGAGGUUUUAAGCACCUUUAUUUCCAAUAUCAAAGACAGGCUUCAAGGGGUAAGUUAAUUCAACUUCAGACUGCAGAAUAAUGAGCUAGA